UGACUACUACCGCCAUAUCACACAGGCAAGCUGUCCAUAAAACCCAUAAGACAACCCAAAGACUGAUCUCUUCCUCCUUUCCUUUGUCCUCCAUUCACAUUCGUAUUCCCAUUCCAUUGAGCUCUUUCAGGAACCCUGAAUCAUCACUUAAGACUCCUCAACCCAUUUUUCUCUGCUCCUCUUGAAUUUAACGCCAUGGUUUUGACACGCUCUCGGUCGAACAACCAGGCGAGUGCCGCUCCCACGACCCCGGCCUCUGCUUCCAAGCCUGCUGCCCCUUCUAAGCGUAAAAGCAAUGCUUCUGCAUCCAAAUCUUCCAAGGCUGCAAAGAUCAAUGCUGCCCCAGAUCUUACUACAGCCAAGGAAACACAGGCACCAACGGAGGACCGCGCUCCGGGACCUGCUGCUGUUGCCGCUCCUAUUGUGACUCCCGCGCCAUUGACAACCCCAGCUCUAGAUUUCACGAGUCUUGAUAAGGCUUCGGAAUCAUCGCAGCCACCGGCCCCUGCUGCACCAGCGACUGCCACAAUUCCUGCUCCUGUUGAGAUACCUGUGGUCACUGCUCCAGCACCAGUGGUUGCCUCGACUGAGGAGCCCACUGUCCAUAACAGCAUCGCUGUGGCUGGAGUCAUCCAGCCUUACGAUGUUAUUCUGUCAGACAUUGAGGGUACCACCACUCCCAUCGUCUUUGUGAAGGAGAAUUUGUUCCCCUAUGUUACCUCCAAUUUGGAAGUAUUUUUGAAGAAGAACUGGGACAACGAGGAGAUGAAGAAUGCCGUCGAGGCACUGCGCGUCCAGGCGGCAAAAGAUGUUGCAGACGGCCUUCCUGGGGUCACAGCCAUUGCGACAGAAUCUGCUGAUGUUUUGGCUGAAAAGGUCCAGCAAGAUGUGAUUGCGUCUAUCGGAUGGCAGAUGAAGGCUGACCGAAAGAUUGGGGCUCUGAAAGCCUUCCAGGGAUACAUGUGGAAGGAAGGCUAUGCUAAUGGCGACUUGAAAGGAGUCAUCUAUGACGAUGUGAUCCCUGCUUUCGAUCAGUGGAUAACCGAGGGUAAGAAAGUGUACAUCUACUCUUCUGGUAGUAUCGGAGCCCAGAAGCUCCUCUUUGGAUUCUCCGAAAAAGGCGACGUUCUCCACUACUUUUCUGGCCACUAUGACACCACUAUCGGGCCUAAGGUGGAGGCUGAAAGCUAUGCAAAGAUUGCUGCCGACAUUGGCCUUGACCCCUCCAAGAUCCUGUUCCUGUCCGAUAACAUCCAUGAAAUUGUGGCUGCAAAGAAAGCUGGAUUCCAGGCUGUGGUGAUCGAUCGUCCUGGAAAUUCACCUCUUUCCGCUGAAGAGCGUGCCAAUAAUAUUGUCGUAAAAUCCUUCUUGGAGAUCCCCAAGCCGUAGUAGGUCCCGAGUCCCAGUCUGCAAUGAAAGCAGGCCCAUUCUACUCUAUAUAAUACAAAUCCUUGAGAAGAUGGACUUUCCCAUCGCAAUUCGAUCCUUCAAAUAAAGUAAAUAAAGUAUCGCAUUGUCUAC